UUACAGACAAAAAGAGAUUUGUUGUUGAUAGAUUCAGCUGAGGCAUUGAGGCUUGUUGGAAGCAAUUGCGCUAACAAAUUAAAAAAUUGAAAAGAAAAAGUAAAAGAAAAAGAAAGGGGAAAAAAGGAAGAGGAGAGGACGGAGUUUCAUACAGAACUCGUAUGCUCGCGGCUCUCGCAGCUCUGGCUAAUGUACCGAAUCUUCUGGAGGUAACGGCAUUACGAGACGAUCAUCCACAAGCUUCGACGCACACAACUCCGCAAGAUAUCUAUUGGGAUGGGGGGCUAAGACAUCUCAGCGGUCUACAUUUUGCAUUUCCCAAGCUCCUAGAUGACGACGAUGGUGGUCGUGGAAUCAGAAUGUUGUACGUAGGUGGGGCUAUAUAAUAACCGUUAGACUGUUCGAACGUCUAACGGCGCCAUUUUUAACGUUCGAGAAAGAAUCC